CAGUCAAAAUUUCAGGGAAAACACAUUGAAAUCGGAUCAAUUGUGCAACCUAUUACAUUGAUUAUAGAUUUCGACAGAAGGUAGAUACGACAUGGAUACCAAAAAAGCUGGAGGUUAUGUACAAAAUCCAGAGCAGCCAAACAACCCAUACAAUGCAGGGUACACCCAACCUGCAUACGGACAACAGCAGCCAGUAAGUUAUGGAUCUAUGUCGAGUAACACCUCUACAAAUGUCGUUGUCACCAGUGCCCCUACAUCCAUCGUGGUUGCUGCACCAAGAGGAAACGACUGGCUGGUGCCCGCCAUUCUUUCCUGUCUCUGCUGUUUCUGGCCUACUGGGAUCUGCGCUAUCAUUGCAGCCGUCAAUGCAAGGGUCCGUUUUGAUGUUGGUGACUACGAAGGUGGGCGAUCCAGUGCCAGCUUGGCUAAAGGGCUGACCUUUACCUCGCUUGGAGUCGGUAUCCUCUCUGCAGUCGUCUUUAUUGUCCUCUACGUUGUCUUGUGGAAAGAAACUGAAAACAAAAUCAAUGGUUAUACAACAAUCACCACACCCCCGUGGAAAUGAAACUAGCCAAAAUGUCCUUACGGGAAAAUUAUCUUGAGUGUUUUAUUUCU